GGAGUUUCGCAUCCUCCCCAGCUGCCCGCGCGUGGGGCGGUCGCGGACAGCCCCGCGCCACCUUCUGUGGUGACACAGGGUGGCGGGGAGCCCGCGGCUGCCCUCGGCCCUCGGACGGCGGGGCUCAGCGGGCGCUCGGUCAGCGGCCCGGCCCCACGGCAAGGCGGGGGCCGAGCGGCGCCGCCGCCCGCCCCGCGGCCCCAGUACGCCCCCCGGGGAGGGGCCGAGCGGGCGGGCCCCGCUCCCGCCCCGCGGAGCCCGUGGGCAGGGGCGAGGGCGGCGCGGCUGGGCUGCGCCAUCCGCCACACUCGCCGCGUCCCGCCGGGAUGGAGAGGCAGCCCCCGGGGCCGGCCGACUCGACGAGCUUCGCCGACGAUGUGCUGCGCGUCUUCGGGGCCAACCACAGCCUGUCGGCGGGGCAGCUCUCCGCGCUGCUGCAGCGCCUGGGCGCCGCGCCCGCCCUGGGCUCGGCGCUGCCGCUCGCCCACCUGCACCACAACCAGUGCUUGACUAGUGAAGAAAUCUUUUCUUUGCAUGGGAUACCGAACAACAGUUACAUAUCAAAUUCCAGCUUCUCUACAAUAUGUCCUGCAGUUUUGCAACAGCUAAUUUUUCACCCAUGUGAUCAUCAGGAAAGCUUUGUGGACACAUCUAAGCCACAUUCUUUGCAAGUUUGGGGAUUUGGGUUCCUGGCUGUGUCUAUCAUUAACUUGGCAUCACUUCUGGGACUGAUUUUAACUCCUCUCUUAAAGAAGUCAUAUUUCCCCAAGGUUUUAACUUACUUUGUGGGCUUGGCCAUUGGUACUCUCUUUUCUAAUGCAAUUUUCCAGCUCAUUCCAGAGGCAUUUGGGUUUGACCCAAAAGUAGAUAACUAUGUUGAAAAAGCUGUUGCUGUGUUUGGUGGAUUCUAUAUUCUCUUCUUUGUGGAAAGGAUUCUUAAAGUGAUACUAAAGCUCUAUAACAAGACUGGCCACAACUACUUUGAAAAUGGAGAAGAGAAUCAUUCUCAGGAUAAGACUAACUCACCCAAACCACCAUCAUCCAGCAAUGGGGGUGCAUGUUAUGCAAAUUCAGCUGUCAUAGAGAGCAAUGGAAAUCUUGGUUUUGACAGCAUCAGUGUGAUCUCAGCACAGGAAGGAGCCACCCAAAGCAGCUUAUGCAAGUGCCUUAAGGGGCGUCCACUGUCAAAGAUUGGGACCAUUGCCUGGAUGGUGACACUGAGUGAUGCUGUACAUAAUUUCAUAGAUGGCUUGGCUAUUGGGGCUUCUUUCACUUUGUCUCUGCUUCAAGGGCUCAGUACCUCCAUAGCCAUCUUGUGUGAAGAGUUUCCUCAUGAACUGGGGGAUUUUGUCAUCUUGCUUAAUGCAGGAAUGAGUACUCGGCAGGCUCUGUUUUUCAAUUUCCUAUCUGCGUGUUCUUGUUACGUUGGGUUGGCCUUUGGAAUAUUAGUAGGCAACAACUUUGCUCCUAACAUCAUCUUUGCUAUAGCCGGUGGAAUGUUCCUGUACAUCUCUCUGGCAGAUAUGGUUUUUGGAUUGUAUCAGUUACCUAUCUGAAUUUUUCUUCCCCCUGAAAAGUCUGAAAUAGGGUAUUGAAGUGCUCUGUACAGAGAUCUGGCUUUCUACUUUCUUACGAUUUUCACACACUUCUGGUUUGCUUGUCCAGAAGCAGGUAGGAUUAACUGGAAUGUCAUGCCUUCCUCCUUUUCUUUUUGCUGUUCCUUUUUCCUGCCAGUAUUGGUGUAGUCCAACCUCUGCCAAUAGGAUCACUGAGUGGGGAGGCUGUGGGCAGGUGGGAAUGUAUGCUGAAGUGUGUGCACAAAUGAGCCUUGCUGUAUGGCAUGAAGUAAAUCUGGUUUUGCCCUGUUGUGCAAGAGUGUGACAGAGCUCUGGAACCAUUUCUGGGAAGCUUUGGGCUCUUCCUGCUAACCUUAGCCUGUUCUUCAAGAAUUGCAUUACCUUCAGUAGCCGUUUUUGUAUUGUGAGAUCAAAGAAAAAUAUAGUUUUGGAGUUACCCAGCCUGAAGGCUCCCUAACCAGGGCUGAAAUAAACUGUCUUCAUUGUAUUCUGGUAAUACUGUUAUCAGCAGGACAGGAGAAUACUUUAAG